AACCCCGUGACAUUGACUCUUUGACCUUCCUGUUUACCAUGGCCACGGUACACAGGGGUGUGUUCUGUCUUGUGUCUGCUGUGCUUGGUGUUGGUGUUUCUGUUGCCGUUACCCAGGGGCAGGUACUCUCGUUGGACCAAGCUGAGCACCCUCACUCAGCACAGGUUUAUUUUCUGGCCCGUUCGGACACGAUACCUUGACGUUCAUUCCGACAUUGCUACCUCUGGGUAAACAUUCGUUCUCUCAGGUUCUGUAUCUCGUGCCGUUGCUCUCGGACGUAAGGUCUCGUGAGUCG